GAUGUCUUAUGUCAAUUUGUAGUGUAUACACGAGUCACAAGAUAAUAAUUUAUUAUGGAUCCACGGCGGGCAAAAGCCCCACUGGAUGGGCCUGGGCCCCGCGGCGCGCCUGACUGUUACUACACCUCCCGGGUGCUAGACUCGACGUUCCGAUACGUGAAGUUCGUGCGAAAGCUGAGGGCUGAGGAGGAGGAGCAACGGAAGGGCAAAGAGAACAAGCUGAAGGAGUUCAAAGACCAGCAGUACAGCGAUUUCUUCGUCAGCUGCGAUCGCAAAUCUCUGCUGAACAAUGUGGCUCGCCGAGUUGAGUUAUGCAUGGAGUCCUACGAGAACGAUCUAGCAAAGAAAAGACAAAGCUUAAAAGACCUGUACGCCCGUGAAGAAGAAGAAAACAUCCGCAAGUUCGUGGAGCAAGUGCAAGCGGGAAGAGAAGAAAUGUGGCAGGCGAAGAAGGAGCGCUUGGCGUAUCUCAUCGCAAAGAGGAAGAAGGAACUAAAGGAGAAGUACAAGGAUACGCCUCUAUCUAAAUGUGUCCACGUGAUGCCUUGCCUCGUAAAACUUCGAGCGAUGGAAGCUCAGGACAUCCAGCUGUACCAGAUAAGGGAAAAGGCGGCGAAACGCGAGGCCGAGAAAGAACUUGACAAGAUGUGGUACGACGUCGCUAUGAAGGAGUCCGAUGCUUUGGCAGCUCGCAUGGAAUACGACGCCAUACAACGCGUACGCCGUGACAUGGAAUGCCACCAGUUCUCCAUGUACCAGAUAGAACAGAACAAAAUCAAACAGGCAGAGGAGAAGGAGAGGCUCAAGCAGGAGACCCUGUACUUCAAGGAGCUUUGUGACAAGGCUAUUAAGGACGAGGAGGAAGCGGAACGGCGUCGCGCAGAAGCUCGCCAUAAGACCGGCGAAGACCGAGCACUAGCAAUCGAAGAGCGAAAACUGACGCUGGAGAAACAAGCCCAUGAACAGCAGGUCAUACAGGACGCCUGGGCCUCCUUGAGCGAACAGGGGCUGGCGCAAGUCAAGGCUGAAGAGGAACUUAGGAGACGCAAGGAGCGUGAAUUAGACGAAUGUAAUCGCAAGAUGAUCGAGCUCCGUGACGACAUGCGCGCCUCCGAGUCAGCCAACGAGGACUACAUACGCGACGUGGCGGCGCACCACCAGAAGAUGGUCGACGAGAAGCGCUGCCAGUACCUCAGCUGGUCGCAGAAGACCAACAGGGAUGUGCGCAAAGCCAUGAUAGACCAGAUCCACGACCGCAAGGAAGCACGAGAACAGCUGAAGAAGAAACUCCUCGAACAAGACGAGUACCACCGCCAGGUGUUCAACCAGCUGUCUCAGCUCGCGGCACACAAGGACCUCACUGACGCCCAGGAGAGGAAGAAGCACCAAGAAAAUCUGUUGAAGCAGAUUGAAUACAAUAAACUUCUCAAGGAGCGAGCGUUGCAGGAAGAGCAAGAACAGCUAAAGAAAUGUCAGCGCGCGACCGAGGAGUACAACGAGGAGAUCGGCCGCAUGCUGUGCCGGCCGUUCUACAGCGAUAUGCAGCACCCGUUCCUGAGACAGAUGGCGGGCGGCCUGAAGAUGAGAGAGAAGUGCCCCUGCUCCAAACCGGACUACUGCGCCGUUCCGGAAAAAAAGCCCGUUUAAGGAAGAGUUGUCGUCGUGUCGUCUACGUGACAGAAUGGUCUGGAUGUCACGGCCAACGACCGGUAUAAAGGCCAGAGCACACCGGCUGCGUGUGCGUAGAUCAUUGACGUAUAUCUCAGGACUGACCUUACGGGCAAUAAGAAUUGGGCAUGAAUGGGGCCAGUACAACGGUGUGACACCGCUACAACGCGAUUGGUUUAUGAGUGUGCAUCACGCGCACAUUGAUCGCAACUAGUUGCGUUAGACUGCAUGAUGAUUAACUCGAAUUUGUGAAUAACACCGCUGAACUAGUACCAUUUUUAGUGCCCGUAAGGCCCGUCCUGAGAUAUACGUCGUAUACUAUACGUGCACGUAGGAUAGACGUGCACGUGCGUGUAUAGGUACGCUAAAGUGUUGGAUACACGUCACGCAAGCGGUGUGCCGUCUCUCAUAGGGAUCUGUUUAUUACAACGCGUACGUGCACGUCUAUUCACACGCAUCCGGUGUGCACCGGCCUUAAGUGAAAAACUUAGCUAAAGCCUCUUUUGUAUGUACCUAUAUAGACGUUCCAUAUUUGAAAUUUUAUUGACGUGUGUGGUGUAUAGGGUGUAGGCUGUAGACUUACCCCCUUAUUCAAUAAAACUUCACUUCCCUCAAUUAAGUAGUUAAUUAUUUAUGUUUUAUCCCUUUAAUUCUUACAAAUAGGUAUACUCAAAAUAACUAUCAAUUAUUAGCUAACUGAGGCUUGUAAACUUUAUGAAUAACGCUCUAAUUAUUAUUUUAAUAAGACGUUUGAUUAGGUAAUCCUGUCCCCUUAUAAUUUACUUUCAUAACAGUUAGUUUCAUAAUAGUUGUGAAAGUUAAUAUGCCUAAUUUAUAUAAAGCUUUUUAUAACUUGUACACAGCUAAGUACAUGCAAGUGGGGCUUUAGCCAAGUUUUUGACUGCGGUAAUUGUCCUAGAUAUAUGUGUUUAUUAGUAACCCUUUUUAGAACUUUUAUAAAAUCA